CCCAGAGUUUCAUGUCGUGCUCGCUAAAAGUCGUACAGUCCAUUUUUAAAAGAACACAUACACCCAUUUUUCAAUACACACCUAGUUAUUAAAAAGUUAUACCCCAGUACACACUUAUAAACAUUAGGUGUCACCACUCCUGGCUAUAUAUACCCACAGAAAGAAACAUAAUGGAUACGUCAAGUGAGGCGACGGAGAGAGCCGAUCUCCAACGACCGUUGGUGGAACAAAAGCCUCCAUCGGACGUCGGACUCGAGAGCGUUUUAACGGAGAGUAGCAUUCCGUACCGGAAACGCUUGUAUUUAGGCGCGUGUAUAGAAAUGAAAUUACUUUUCCGGUUAGCACUUCCGGCGAUACUUGUCUACAUAGUCAACAGUGGAAUGAGUAUCUCUGCACGUAUCUUCGCCGGACAUCUCGGCGGUCAAGAACUCGCCGCGGCUUCCAUCGGAAACAGCUGCUUCAGUCUCGUCUAUGGCCUCAUGUUAGGUAUGGGAAGUGCAGUCGAGACUCUAUGUGGACAAGCACACGGAGCUCACCGUUACGAUAUGCUUGGGAUCUAUCUCCAAAGAGCAACGAUAGUCCUCGCUUUGGUUGGUUUACCCAUGACACUACUAUACACCUUCUCGUAUCCGAUUCUAGUCUUAUUAGGUGAGCCGAAAACGGUAUCGUAUAUGGGUUCCUUGUACAUCGCGGGCCUGAUCCCUCAGAUCUUCGCUUACGCUGUUAACUUCACGGCCCAAAAAUUCCUCCAGGCACAGAGCAUAGUGACUCCUAGUGCGUACAUCUCAGCUGCCGCUCUUCUCCUCCAGAUCUCGCUAACGUAUAUCACUGUUUACGUAAUGGGUUUGGGGCUUAUGGGCAUCGCUUAUGUCUUGACUAUAUGUUGGUGGGUUAUAGUUGGAGCCCAGACUUUGUAUAUUACGAAAAGUCAGAGGUUUAGACACACGUGGACUGGUCUUAGCUGGAGAUCGUUCCAAGGUCUAUGGAGUUUUUUCAAACUCUCUGCUGGUUCGGCUGUUAUGAUCUGUCUAGAAAUGUGGUAUUCGCAGAUUCUGGUUCUUCUUGCUGGUUUGCUGAAAGAUCCUGCUCUCUCUCUAGAUUCCCUCUCCAUCUGUAUGUCAAUUUCAGCAUUAUCCUUCAUGGUAUCCGUAGGCUUCAAUGCAGCUGCAAGUGUACGGACAAGUAAUGAGCUUGGAGCAGCAAAUCCGAAAUCGGCAUUGUUCUCUACAUGGACGGCUACUGUAGUUUCCUUCAUAAUCUCCGUCGCGGAAGCCCUGGCGGUCAUGGCGGCACGUGAUUACAUCAGCUACAUUUUUACGUCGGACCCUGAGGUGGCUAAAGCUGUCUCUGACCUCUGCCCUUUCCUCGCCGUCACCAUCAUCCUCAACGGAAUCCAGCCAGUCUUGUCCGGAGUGGCUGUGGGAUGUGGAUGGCAAGCAUUCGUGGCAUAUGUGAAUGUUGGUUGUUACUAUAUAGUUGGUAUUCCUGUUGGCUGUAUUCUCGGCUUCACUUUCAACUUUCAGGCCAAGGGAAUAUGGACCGGGAUGAUUGGAGGUACCCUCAUGCAAACUCUCAUCUUGCUUUACGUCACGUAUCGAACUGAUUGGGACAAAGAGGUGGAAAAAGCUAGAAAGCGAUUGGAUAUGUGGGACGAUAAGAAGGAACCUCUUCAAAAUUAAAGAGUAUUAAUACUGUGGAGUGGGAAACAAGAUAGGAAAAAUAAGUGUUGUCUUCGGAGGUGGUUUUUUGAAAAGAAGAUGCUUCUUUUUAUUAUUCCAACAGAUGUGGUUCGAAAAAAAAACAGCUAUUCCACCAGAUUAUUUUUUGUUUCCUUGGAAAAUUUUUGUGGCUACAUCUGAUGGAUGGAUUACUCAUUCUAAUUAAGUAGUAUUCUUUAAAUGACAUUAUUAUUUUUGAUGACAUA